UGACGCGCUUCGCCGACGUACGACGGGCGCGACGUGCGUGACCCGCGGCGACGGACGCCGCGAGGGCCGACGGCGAUGGCCAUCGUCGUAGGACCUCGCACCUCGGCCUCGGCGGCGGAGCCGGAGUCUCGGCGCUCGGUGCCGUGCUUCCUCGCGCGCGACGAUGAAUGACGUAGGCGUGAGGGGUGUGUCGCGGGCCCUUGUGUGGCUUCUACGGUUGCACGGCGCCGCGCUGCGUCAAGUCGCGUCGCGACGCGACGUGGCCACGCGGCCCUCCGGCGCCGGGGCCGCUCUCUGCCGCUCUUCGCGGUGGCGCGUCACCAUUAAAAACCGAGACGAGCUCCGCUUUCGUUUCCGCCGGUACCGAAACAAUCGGGGACCUCGAAAUUUGCCUGCCUUUCCCUCCUCCCCGAGCACGUCGCCAUUUGCACGGUCCUCUCUAUCACCGUGUCUCCGGACGCUCCCGCGCGGGGCCACCCCGUCGUUACUCUCUCUUAUCGCGGCACUCGCGCGCGAUGGGCGGCGAUCCGUCGCGGUCGUCGCGCCUGGCUAAUUGUGCGCUAAUUAUGUCGCCCGUGUCGCGGAACUGCUGCCGUAUAUCAACCUGUCCGUCGGCACCCCGGCCGAUUGGCUUCGCCGAAUGGCUCUUGGUUCCGUUGUGUCGGCAGUAGUUUCGCGUAUUUCGCGUUGUUACUACCGAAUUCCAAUCCCCGACGCACGCACUCGUUCCUCUAGCCGUAGUCUAUAGAUAGACGUAUAAGGGGGGAGAGAGAGAGAAUGUGUGUACGAGAGAAAGAGAGAAAAUCACCGUCUAUUUAUCUUUCGAUACUCUCAUAUUUUGAUUAUUUACAUUCUGAUAAUUUCGAUUGUGUCUACUCGCUACAACAACAGGUUUUAGGGACCUACAUUCGAGACCGCUCGAGGCACUUCAAGUGAGAGCGGACGUUACGCGAUGUGAACACGCGAUGAACCGUCUGACGUAGAAGGAAAAAAUUGAUACAUAUAUAAACACAAAAACGCGACAAAAAGAGGAUAAUAUUAAGCCGGGGCCGGAUAAUCGGCGGCCGUCGUGUGAUCCAGCCCGCGUGAUCGAUCGCCUCUUUUCUUUUAUCGCUUCUUUGUCUUCCCUUCUCUCGUUCUUCCUCCUUCGGUUACGGUUACUUUCGUUUCUCGCUAUAGCUGAUAGCGUUUCAGGACGCUCGCUCGUUCGCUGGCUACGCGACGGGCGUAAUCUCCGAUUAACCAUGACGUCAUUGCGUUAAGUGUCCGUCGCCGUCCGGCGUCGCGUCGGGCCGGUCGACGAUAAUCCGCGUACGCUCGUUCGUAUACGUUUUGGCGUAUGAUGUCAGUCAGUCAGUCAGUAGAGUAGCGACAAAUGUUCGAUGGCACGAUGCCAUUUUGUCAAAAGUCACCUGGCCCAGAUCUCUGGAUCUCUGGAUUUCCAGAGAUCCGUGCCGUCCGCGUUGGUCCGUUCGUCGUUGAAUUUCCCGAUCGACCUCGGCGAUUUAUCGUCGCCGAGCGUUAUCGAUCGCCCGCCCCGCUGCUCCCUGAUAAUUACGUGCGCUUGAACGUCGAUUCGUCGAGGGAGAAGUCUGACUGGCUUAGGGCGAUGCUCAUGAAAUUCGGAAACCGGUUGACUAGCAUAGAGUACAAUAGGGGCUCGACGAAUCCGCUCCGCAUCUCUUCGGAGACCUGCGAACAAGUGCGAUCUGCGGAAGAGACGAGCACGUGUGCAGGUGCACACGAACGCGCACGCACGCACUGCGUACAAUUCCACGGCUACGAGUUGCGUAAGUGACUAAUCGUUGUAUCAUACGAGUCCUCGCGUCGAGCGCCGUCGCAACGUGAGCAGUUUCGAGAGCCUUCCACCGUUUUUUUCUCUUUUCGAUCACGCUUUUGCCGGACUCGGGGUCCGAGUUAGAGACAGAAUGAGAAAGGGAGAGGGAGAGAGAGAAAGCGGCUGACAAUGGAUCGUUGAGUCUCGACGCGGGAUACCGUCUACGUUCGACUAUAAUUCGCGGAACGCUUCCCGUGGUUUCAGUGCCGCUUUGAGGCAAAGAUGAGACGUGCAGGGAAAUCUUUUUGUAUUUCCGAUUCCCGAAUACCUGAAAGAGAGACGAGAGAAGGAAGCGAGAC